AUGGCAGAAGCUAUGGAGAGGUCUCAAUUCAAAAAGGAUGAUGGACGUGUCCGGCUUUCCCAUGAGCUCUCAGAGGGUGAGAAAGAAGCCACUGGGAACAGAAAGGCAAAAGUCCUGGAGUGCCUCAAGAGCCUUAACAGUGCCUGUGCUGAGGAUAACAUGCCCAAUAUCGCCGUGCUAGGAUCAGGCGGAGGUCUGCGGGCCAUGAUAGCCCUUCUGGGAACCUUGGUGGAGAUGAAGAAGCAGGGCCUGUUGGAUGCUAUCAUGUAUCUGUGUGGGGUAUCGGGUUCCACCUGGUGCAUGUCUUUCCUCUACCAAGAGAAUGACUGGACAGAGAAAGUGCAGGUCUUGGAAGAACGCCUGUGUAAUACACUUUCCAAACCUCCAUGUGAUAUUCAAGAGGAAUUUACUAUUGCGACACAGGCGGCUGAAGAUGAACUCUUCUCUCUGACUGAUGUCUGGGCCUCUUUCUUUGUCUAUCCUACAUUGAAGCUGUAUGAUGAGACCAAAUUAUCUGAACAUGACGAUUCCUCCAAAAAUGGGAAAAAUCCUUACCCCAUCUAUGCGGCAAUAGAAGCAAACCAAUUGGGUAAAGCAGGUGAAAACAGCCCAGGGACAUGGUUUGAAUUCACCCCCCAUGAAUCUGGCUUUCCCGGCCUGGGGGCAUUUGUGUGCACCGAAGACUUGGGAAAGAACAUCAAGGAUGGGAAUUCGCAAAAGAGGGAUGAGAAAAAUAUCUGCUACCUGCAAGGCUUAUGGGGAAGCGCCCUUGGAAGCAUGGCUGCAAACAAGAAAUAUUUAAUAGACUGUCUUAAGGAAAAAUUCCGAAAACUAAGAGAACAUCGGUAUGCAGUAGGUGAAGCAGGUACUGAUUACACUAGUGCACUUCAUCAGGGUGUCCUCCUCCUCCUCCAGAAGCUUCACGCUCAUGCCUCAGCUGGGGAAGACUGCGAGGGAAUCUUCAGGCAGCUGAAGGAAGUCCUGAAAGAAGAGAAUAGCAAGAAUUCCUACCUGAAGUGCUGUGACGUGAGUGAGACCCGGGAUUUGAAGAGCUGGGAAGAAAGAAUGGUGGAGUUCGCUGAACUCAUCUGUAUUUUUGAAAAGGAACUUGGAGAAAAUGUAUGGAGUGUAUGGCAAUUUUUAUGGAAAACUGUGACCUGUAUCUGCUACUGGACAUGGGGGUACACCAACAACUUUCUGUACACAGAUGGCAAAGCCCAAUCUACUGGAUUGACCAACGAAGAAUUCAUCCACUUGAUCGAUGCCGGCAUUGCCAUAAAUUCCGCCUACCCCCUCGUUCUGCGCCCAGAGAGGAAAGUGAAACUGAUCCUCUCCUUCGACUUCAGUAGCGGGGAUCCUUUCGAGACCAUCAAGAAAACUGCCAAGUAUUGUCAGACAAAUAACAUCCCAUUUCCCGAGAUAAAGCCAGAAGAGAUUAAGGACAUUGAUAACCCCUCUGACUGCUACAUCUUCAAAGGAAUAGCUGUUCCUGCCUUCAAAGGAAAAGAUGUUCCUACCGUCAUGCACUUCCCUCUCUUCAACAACAAAAAUUGUCCAGAUAAAAUAAAGGACUUCAGAGACACAUUUACCACCUUUACUACAUCCUACUCAGAGGAAAAUGUCAAAGUACUCCUCAAAAAAGCCAAGAUGAAUGUAUCCAACAAUAAGGAUAGGAUUCUGAAGGAGAUCCAGCAGAUUGUGUCCUCCCCCAAGGAGUUUUAA